AUGUAUGUUUUAGGCAAAGAAUGUUUGGUGAUAUUUAUAAAAUACGGUAUCCUACUGGCGACGGGCGGAGGCGCGUUUGGAUGUUUCACCAAUAACGACAACCUCUGGAGCAUCGUGCAGCAAGCGGGGGCUCACACAGGGGACAGAGCCUGGAGACUGCCGCUGUGGAACUACUACCACCGACAGAUCACAGAUGACCCGGCGGUAGAUCUCCGCAAUCAAGGGUCCGGAAAAGCCACUCCUUGUAUCGGUGCCGCUUUCCUUCGGAACUUCGUGUGCGGCGAGUGGGUGCACAUGGACAUAACGGGCGUGGGCAAGGUGUCGCACGCGGGCGCGCCGUACCUGGCGCCGCGCCGCAUGUCGGGCCGCCCCGCGCGCACGCUCGCGCGAACGCUGGAACACAUCGCCGACGCGUGCGCCAACGCCAACGCCAACGCCAACGCCACACCCAAACGCAAACCCGAAUCCGACCAGAAAGACAGACAGUGA